AUCACUAGCGUCCAGUGUUUCUAACUCUCCAUCCUCCAGCUUCCAGUGCCAGCCAUCACCCAGAAAGGACACAAGGGCUGGGCCUCAGCACCCCCAAUGUGCCAAGUGGAGUUUGAGAUGGCCUGUGCUGCUAUCAAGCAGUUGAAGGGACCUGUGAGUGAUCAGGAGAAGCUACUGGUGUAUAGCUUCUACAAACAGGCCACCCAAGGCGACUGCAACAUCCCUGCCCCACCUGCUACAGAUGUGAAAGCCAAGGCCAAGUGGGAGGCAUGGAACGAGAAUAAAGGGAUGUCCAAGAUGGAUGCCAUGAGGAUCUAUGUUGCCAAGGUGGAAGAACUGAAGAAAAAAGAUACUGGUUAAGGAGGACAGAAUAUCAAACACAAUGAAGUAGCAUGGCUCCUCUGGUAGCAAAAAGGAUUUCUUAAAAGACCAACGGCAGAAACUUCCUGAAACCAUAACCACCAUAGCUGAUACACAUCAAUAAAUCACUUAAACUGCAAGAGA